AUGCAAGGUCCCAACCAGACCUUCGUGACAGAAUUCAUCCUUCUGGGCUUCUCCCUUAGCCCCAGGACCACACCUCUACUCUUCUCGGCCUUUCUGACACUUUACAUGUUGAUCCUUCUGGGCAAUGGCUUGAUCUUCAUCCUCAUCUGCUUGGACUCACGCCUCCAUACCCCCAUGUAUUUCUUCAUUGGCGUUCUUUCCAUGUUGGACUUAGGCUACACCACCACAACUGUGCCCCAGAUGUUGGCACAUCUGGCCAGCCAGAAGAAGACAAUCUCUUACUCCAAUUGUGUGACUCAAAUGUUCAUUUUCUUGGUGCUGGGUGUCACAGAGUCUUGGCUUUUUGCCAUCAUGUCCAUAGACAGGUAUGUAGCAAUCUGUCACCCACUCAGGUACAAGGUCAUCAUGAGCCCAUGUCUAUGUGGGGUAAUGGCCAUUUUCUGUGGACUCUGUGGUGUCACCGCUGCUCUUGUCUACACUAUCUUUGCUAUGCGCCUCCCCUACUGUGGCCCCAACGAGAUCAACCACUUCUUCUGUGAAGUCCCUGCGGUCUUAAAGCUGGCUUGUGCAGACACUUCAGUCAACGACCAUGUAGACUUCAUCCUUGGGUUUAGUGUCAUACUGAUCCCCCUGUCCCUUAUCCUUGUCAUCUAUGUGAACAUCUUCACUUCCAUCUUGAAGAUCCGUUCAGCACAGGGGCGACUGAAAGCCUUCUCCACCUGUGCAUCCCACAUCACUGUGGUCACCAUGUUCUGUGUCCCAGCCAUGGUCAUGUACAUGAAGCCUGGUUCUAAAGCCUCCCCAGAAGAGGACAAGAAGCUUGCCCUAUUCUACAAUGUCAUCUCUGCUUUUCUCAACCCUGUCAUCUAUAGUCUCCGGAACAAGGAUGUGAAGAGGGCUUUCCUUAAAGUAACAGGCUGGGGUAGAUCCCCAGAAUGA